GCCUGUCGGAUGCAAUCAACAACUGACCCUCUCUCUCUCUCUCUCUCUCUCUCCACAACGCCGUGGAAAGUUUGUUUGUUUGUUAAUCCAUCAGAGAGAAACUCUGCUUCUGGAACCGCUUCUGCUCUGCAGUGAAAGAAAGAAGAGCCGACUUUUAUUUGCAGCCUUCGGUUCUUGUGUUAUUUUGUCACAAAAUUGGUUAAUCCAAUCAAGUUGAGUGGUUUUUGCAUCAUUCGAGGGUGGAAUUUUCCCUCGGUUCUGUGGCUGAAAUUGUCUGGGUGAUUGAGCUGACCCCACUCGUUUUGGUACAACAGAUAGAUUAUCAAAAAUCUCCAUCUGGGUUUUGCCCUCUCUCGGAUAUAUAUGAUGAUGCUCUGUUGAGCUGUUCUAUCCCCAAUCCUGUCUUAGCCUUUAUAAGUGUAGCUUUUUGUCCUUUCAAAGAGUAUUUUGUGGGCUUUUACUUGCGAGCGUCCUCGAGUUUUUCGGUCUUUCUUGAGGGCUUCAAUUUUGAGUUUGAUGUGAGCUUGGAAUCGGACUGGGAAUUCAAUUUGGGGAAUUGGGUUUUGUUUGUGAGCUUGUGGGUUGGAAUCGGAUAGUUAAAAAGAAGCUUUGCAUGGCUACUAGAGUGGAAAUUGAAGAUGGAACUGAGAACAAAGGGAGCAUGUGGGUUUUGGAGCAGAAGAUCGACCAGCCCAUGGAUGAAGAAGCUGCAAAGCUCAAAAACAUGUACGGAGAGAAGAAAUUCUCGAUGGUAUUGCUUCUGCAACUUGCAUUUCAGAGUCUUGGCGUGGUAUACGGAGAUUUGGGAACAUCUCCCUUAUAUGUGUUUAACAAUACUUUUCCUCAUGGAAUCAGAGAUCGAGAAGAUGUUAUUGGUGCUUUAUCGUUAAUUAUAUAUUCCCUUACUCUUAUUCCGCUGCUCAAGUACGUCUUUAUAGUAUGCAAGGCAAAUGACAAUGGUCAAGGUGGAACAUUUGCUCUUUAUUCCCUACUUUGUCGACAUGCAAAAGUAAACACAAUCCCUAACCAACAUCGGACAGAUGAGGAACUGACAACAUAUAGUCGUAGUAGUGCUUUACAUGAGCAUCCGUGUGCUGCAAAAACCAAGAGGUGGUUGGAGAAAAAUGCAUCUAGGAAGAAUGCUCUUCUUAUACUUGUCCUUGUUGGGACUUGCAUGGUGAUAGGGGAUGGAAUUCUAACACCAGCUAUAUCAGUUCUUUCAGCAGCUGGUGGAAUCAAGUUAGACCAUCCCAAGAUGAGUAAUGAUGUGGUUGUGGUGGUUGCUGUUAUCAUCUUAGUCGCCCUAUUUAGCAUGCAACACUAUGGUACUGAUAAAGUAGGGUGGCUUUUCGCUCCAGUUGUGCUACUUUGGUUUCUGUUAAUUGGAGGUAUUGGGUUGUUCAACAUUUGGAAAUAUGAUAGCAGUGUUCUCAGAGCUUUUUCUCCAGUGUAUAUAUAUCGGUAUUUCAAAAGGGGAGGGAGAGAUGGUUGGACCUCCCUGGGUGGGAUCAUGCUUAGUAUCACAGGGACAGAGGCACUUUUUGCUGAUCUAGCCCAUUUUCCAGUUUCAGCUGUACAGCUUGCUUUCACCACAGUCGUAUUUCCUUGCCUUCUUUUGGCCUAUUCUGGUCAAGCUGCCUACCUCAUGAAAAACCAAGACCAUGUGGUCAACGCAUUCUAUCGUUCCAUUCCAGAUAGCAUUUACUGGCCAGUUUUUGUUGUUGCAACACUUGCUGCUAUUGUUGCAAGUCAAGCCACCAUAUCAGCUACCUUUUCAAUAACCAAGCAGGCCCUCGCCCUUGGCUGUUUCCCCAGAGUCAAGGUUGUACACACAUCAAAAAAAUUCCUCGGGCAGAUAUAUGUUCCAGAUAUUAAUUGGAUACUUAUGCUUCUUUGCAUUGCCGUGACUGCUGGAUUCAAAAAUCAAAGCCAAAUUGCUAAUGCUUAUGGGACUGCUGUUGUGGUAGUUAUGCUCGUCACCACAUUACUUACAACUUUAAUCAUGAUACUUGUAUGGCAUUGCCACUGGAUCCUUGCUGUUGUCUUCACCGGCUUGUCUCUUUUAGUGGAGUGCACUUACUUCUCUGCCGUACUUUUCAAGGUUGAUCAGGGAGGGUGGGUUCCCCUUGUAAUUGCAGCAGCCUUUCUUUUGAUCAUGUAUGUCUGGCAUUAUGGUACAGUGAAACGCUAUGAGUUUGAAAUGCACAGUAAGGUCUCAAUGGCAUGGAUUCUUGGGCUAGGACCUAGUUUAGGACUGGUCCGAGUCCCUGGUAUAGGACUUGUCUACACUGAGCUAGCAAGUGGGGUGCCUCGCAUAUUUUCCCACUUCAUUACAAACCUGCCAGCCAUCCAUUCCGUAGUAGUCUUUGUUUGUGUGAAGUACCUUCCUGUAUACACUGUUCCAGAAGAAGAGAGGUUUCUUAUAAAACGUAUUGGACCCAAGAAUUUUCACAUGUUCCGAUGUGUAGCAAGAUACGGUUAUAAAGACCUCCACAAGAAGGAUGAUGAAUUUGAAAAGAAGCUAUUUGAUAACCUCUUCCUGUUUGUCCGGCUUGAGUCCAUGAUGGAAGAGUGUUCUGACUCCGAUGAGUACAGCCUGUAUGGCCAGCAAACUGAACGGUCAAGAGACUUCCUGCUAAGGGACAACGCCCACAUAGCUGCCAGCAACACAGACCUCACAAUUUCAUCGGUUGACUCUAUCGUGCAGGUACAAUCUCCAACCCCGGCUAAUCAUACUCUCGAGUCCUCAGGACAGACGAGCAACCAUACUGAUCUAGACGAAUUGGAGUACUUGUCCAACUGUAGAGAUGCAGGGGUGGUGCACAUACUUGGGAACACAGUGGUAAGAGCAAACAGGAAUUCUAGGAUCUAUAAGAAAAUAGCUGUUGAUUACAUCUAUGCUUUUCUUAGGAAGAUAUGCAGAGAGCACAGUGUGAUCUUCAAUGUCCCUCAUGAAAGCCUUUUGAAUGUGGGGCAGAUAUUCUAUGUUUAAAAUUCUUUCAAAAUAUGGUCAAUAAGUAUAUGCUGUCCUGCUUUUCAUUCAAGAAUGGAAGGGAAGCAUCCUAUCGCAUGCUUAUAGGACAUCAUAAUUUUGUACAGAAAAUGCUUGUUUUUCCCUUUUGCACCUUGUAGAAAAACAUUAUCCAUUUUGGUUUCAUUGUAUUCAGAACUGAUGGAGCUGAAUCAUGUUCAGGCAAGGAUUAUGCAUAGAUUUAUUAUUAUUAUUAUUAUUAUUAUUAUUAUUAUUAUCAA